GCUCCCUCCCUCCUAGCGCUGCUAGGUGCGCGCCAGCCUCGCGAUAGCCUCGCCUACCAGAAUCAAAGCUGCGCUCGCGAACUGGAUGCUGACAGGCGCGCGGUGCGGUCAUCAUGCAAAGGUUACCGAGGAUCCGUUUCAGCGAGAGUCUGAGGAAGAAGAAGCCGCUCCUCCGCAGGACCCGCACGGCUCACAACAUGCCAGACGUCUAGCGGCGCGGACAGGGGGAAAUAUAACCAGAAAACCGCGGACUAACUCGGCCUGUUUUGGCGACAGCAGGUGUCAAAACGAUGGACGCGAGUUCGGGAUUUCCGGCUGUGUGUACGCUGGCUCCUCUCGGCGGUAAAGUGGCUUCAUGAGUGUCCAAAGUAACAGUGGAAGUGGUGGUGGAAGUUUGGAGGCGACGCCAUCUUGGUCGCAGCUCUCCUCGUCCCCAACGAUUUCUCAACAACAUAUAACGGCGACCGCAAAGAGCAAGGAAGGCCCCAUGGAUGAGCUGCACAGCCUCGACCCCAGGCGACAGGAGCUGCUGGAGGCCAGGUUCACGGGAGCUGUCAGUGGCAACACAGUAGGCAGCACUGGGAGCACCAGUGGAGGUGCUAAGGGCCUGGCCAAUGAAUCCUCUAACCACAGCUAUGGAAGUCUGGGUUCGUCAAGUGACAAGGAGUCGGAGAACUCUGAUUUGAAAAGAGGGAGCUCCCCUGCCUACUCAACCCCAGAGAAGAAGCACUCCGAAUCGUCCAGAGGGAGGAAAAGGAAAGCUGAUACUUACUCAGAGAGUAGUCAAGGGAAGACCUCGACACGGGGGCCCAAGAUCAGCGACUACUUUGAUUUCCAGGGUGGAAAUGGUUCCAGUCCAGUCAGAGGCCUCCCAUCAGCUCGCCGCUCUCCACAGAAUUCGCACUCUGCACCGGGCUCCAUUAUCCGGCAGAACAGCUCCUCUCCUACCAGUCUGUGUUUCGGGGAGCACAACCCCAAAGCUUCCUCAAGCAAAUGUAUCCAGACGGAAUUGACAGGCCUAAAACUUGCUGCCCUGGAGAGCAACAAGAGUCUGGACCUGGAGAAGAAAGAAGGACGGAUAGAUGACCUUCUCAGGGCUAACUGUGACCUGCGGAGACAGAUCGACGAACAGCAAAAACUCCUGGAGAAAUACAAGGAGAGACUCAACAAGUGCAUCACCAUGAGCAAGAAACUGCUCAUAGAGAAGAGCACACAGGAGAAGCAGUCGUGUCGUGAGAAGAGCAUGCAGGAUCGCCUCCGUCUCGGUCACUUCACCACCGUCAGACACGGCGCGUCCUACACCGAGCAGUGGACUGAUGGAUAUGCAUUCCAAAACCUGAUCAAGCAGCAGGAGGGCAUCAACCAGCAGAGGGAGGACAUUGAGCGACAGAGGAAGCUGCUAGCCAAGAGGAAGCCUCCGAACCCCGCGUCUCCCUCCCUGUCUGUGGCCUCCACAUCUGAACCCAAGCAGCGCAAAACUAAGGUGGUCAACGGCAACGACUCAGACCCCUUCCUCAAGCCGUCCUUGCCCCAGCUACUGACCCUCGCUGAGUACCACGAGCAGGAGGAAAUCUUCAAGCUUCGUCUUGGACAUCUGAAGAAGGAGGAAGCUGAGAUCCAGGCAGAGCUGGAGCGGUUGGAGCGGGUGAGGAACCUUCAUAUCAGAGAGCUCAAGAGGAUAAACAACGAGGACAGCUCAGCAUUUAAAGACCAUCCUACUUUAAAUGAGAGGUACCUGCUGCUGCACUUGCUGGGCAGGGGCGGCUUCAGUGAAGUCUAUAAGGCUUUUGACCUGUUUGAGCAGCGCUACGCAGCUGUUAAAAUCCACCAGCUCAACAAGAACUGGAGAGAGGAGAAGAAGGAAAACUACCACAAGCAUGCAUGCAGGGAGUACCGGAUACACAAGCAGCUGGACCAUCCCAGAAUAGUCAAACUCUAUGACUAUUUCUCCCUGGAUACUGACACGUUCUGUACAGUGUUGGAAUUCUGUGAAGGAAAUGACCUGGACUUCUACCUGAAGCAAAACAAACUGAUGUCAGAGAAAGAGGCACGCUCCAUUGUCAUGCAGAUCGUCAGCGCCCUGCGAUACCUCAACGAAAUCAAGCCCCCCAUCAUCCACUAUGACCUCAAACCUGGUAACAUCUUACUGGUGGAUGGAACUGCAUGUGGCGAAAUCAAAAUCACAGACUUUGGCCUGUCUAAGAUCAUGGAUGAUGACAACUAUGGCGUGGACGGGAUGGACCUCACAUCACAGGGAGCAGGAACAUACUGGUACCUCCCUCCAGAGUGUUUUGUGGUGGGAAAAGAACCGCCUAAGAUCUCCAAUAAGGUGGAUGUCUGGUCCGUGGGGGUGAUCUUCUUCCAGUGCCUCUAUGGACGCAAGCCGUUUGGUCACAAUCAGUCGCAGCAGGACAUCCUCCAGGAAAACACCAUCCUCAAAGCCACAGAGGUCCAGUUUCCAGCUAAACCACAGGCCAGCACAGAGGCCAAGGCGUUCAUCCGGCGCUGUCUGGCCUACCGCAAGGAGGACAGGUUUGAUGUCCACCAGCUGUGUUCGGACACCUACCUCCUCCCUCACAUGAGACGUUCAAACUCCUCCGGCUCCCUGCAGCCCUCCGCCUCAUCUCUGCCCACCUACUGACUCUCAAGACUUGACGGGACCCUCUGGCCGAUCUCAAGGCAGGACUGUUGAAAUCGGAGGAUAGUAGACGUGAAUCUUUUUUUUUUUUUUUUUAUCCGAGCUGUUCCUAAAAUGGAUAACUUGGCAACGGAAAAGAGAGUAAAAUGGAAAUAUGAGAAGGGAAAACGGAGAAGAAGUGGAAAGAGGAUGCUCCCAUUGUGUUGUACAGAGUUGUGCCCUUGAACUCGACGAUGUGAGAGACGGGACAGAAUAUAAAACGAAAGACUAAAAAAGCAGAGGGAGGUCGAGAUGAGAGAGGCUCAGCACUGUUGGGGGAAUGAUGAAGCUGGUGGAUUUGGUUCUGGACUUAAUUAACCCUUUAGGAGACAUUACAGCAGUAUAGGACCUCCUAGAUGUCCACGCCCACCUCUCGUAGCUCUUCACACAUCUGCACAUUCAUAACACACCUAAUGAAAUGGUGAAUUGUGUUCAUGAGGGUGGCGGACAGAAGAAGACGGGUUAACAGACGAGUGUUUGUACAUCAGAUAUCGACUACCUGCGAUUCAUUUUAAGGCACAAAAAGAUGGUUGCAUCUCAUUCAGUUUCCGUCUGCAGCGCCUCUGCAGGACUUAACUUGAUAGACACACAGGAAAAAAAAAAAGAAGUUCCAGAUGAAAUUUCUGGGGUUGAUUUGCACUUCCGAGUCGGAUCAUGUUGUCGUGGUCCCACAUUUGGCAUGAAGCAUCACAGUGUGGGCUCGCACUCGACUUCUCCAUGGUCAGAUCCUCCGUUCAGAGUUUUGUUGGUCCACAAAGAGCGGACCUGUGCGUCUGUCUUAAUCCAUUUUUCAAGCGCGACGUUGGAGAAGGUGCGAACGUCGCAGCGCCGUGUUGUCGUAGACGUCCUCAUCGACCCGCCUGAAGAGGGCCGGACUUUUAGUAGAGGUUACUGUAUCGCAAAAGCUGUCAUCGGGGCACAGGAUUCAUUGUACAUUUCAUGUGCAGGAGACAUUACUCACUAGCAAAUAUAUAAUAACGAGGCUUUCCCUUGCUUCCCAGUGUCUCAGUUUGCUCCGUUUAUUUGUGCCCCCCCCCCUCCUCCUCCUCCUCCUCCUCCUCCUGAAAGCUGUUCUCAGUUUUUGCUGCUAUAAAUGUCGCUUUUAGUUUCGUAACAUGUGAAUGAUUUUCACCGCGCAUAUGUGCAUACUUGAACUGUGUUAAGGAGCCUCUUUUUCUAAAAACAGACACCUGCUGUGCUGUUCAAGGGAAUGCAACACAUUUUCUUCUGCCACCAACAUCAAACGUCUUCGUGUUCUUUUUUUUUCUUUUCUUUGUUUACUUUCAUGUAAAAGUCCAACAAACAUGGAGCAGAAUCCCGGCGUGCCACGCGGUGAGGAACGCGCACGCCUGUUCAUGCCAGGUAGACGUGGGCGCUCCAGCUGCAGCUUGAUUUCCUGCAGCGAGAAGUUAAAGUGGAAUAUAAUCCAAAUGUUGUCAUCCUGUAAAUAAAACACUUACCUGUAUGUUGUUGUGACAUUUCAAGUCCUCUCAGACGGAGGCAAACCUGGACUCUGGCCAAAGCUCGCCCGUGGCAAGAAGCAGAAAUAUUCUUGGGUGAGAAAUCCGAUAAAAAAGACAAGCGGGAGCCGUUAAUAGCAAGCGGUGGGCGUCUCAUUUUCCCUUUGCGCCUGCUUAGAAAAUAAGCCUUAACCGAUGUUUUUUUUUUUUUUUUUUUUUUUUUAACAUGGGAAUCGUUUGAUGAAGGAAAAAGCUAGUUCCGCUAACAUGACAGGAGCAUUAAACUGCAGCUCCUCGAAGUGCAGCGAAAGUUUGUCCAGCUUGAUAAAUUGAACUUUUAUUUACUCGGGUGCACCGAGGCGUAAAACAAACAUCCCCCUCCUGUCUGAUUUCCUCCCUGUUCUCCACUUGACAAAACAGUAGAAAAUGGGUUCUAGUGCACCUGAUUAACUGUGUGUAGACAGAUCAGCCAUCAGAGAGGUACAUGUCGGAUCACGGCAGCGACGGGGCUGCAAUGUCAUUCACAUGCAAUAAAGAUCGCCUUAAAAGCA